GUCUUCUUCAGUUUAGGUGGCAACCAUGGAAUUUGUUUAUUGUUGGUUUAGCGUGUUUAUCUUCUCAAGUAACAACAAUGUUAUUUUAUCUUUAACGUUAAUGUAAGAAGAAAGUGUAUUUUAUUGUAACAUUUAGUUUCAAUAAAGUGCGUUAUUCGCAGCAGUCAUUCGUUCGUAUGAAAUGACUGAAAAAUCUAGAACAAUGAGUCACGUAAAACACAUUCCGAAAGACGCUCAAGUUAUUAUGUCGAUUAUGAAAGAUAUGGGAAUCACGGAUUAUGAACCGAAAGUUAUCAAUCAAUUACUUGAAUUCACAUAUCGUUAUGUUACGUGUAUAUUAGACGAUAGUAGAAUAUAUGCGAAUCAUGCGAAAAAGAAGUUUAUCGACUUAGAUGACGUAAGAUUGGCCGUGAAAAUGCAGUUGGAACGUACUUUUACAAAUCCACCACCAAGAGACGUAUUAUUAGAUGUGGCUCGUGCCAAAAAUAAUAUACCCUUACCAUUCGUUAAACCAAACAAUGGUCUAAGGUUACCACCUGAUAGAUAUUGUUUGAAUGCAACAAAUUAUAAAUUAAAAAAUGCUACAAAAAAAACUGUUUCGAAGCCUAUGCAUUCAUUAGUUAGUAAUAAUAUAUCUGGAGUUCAAUCCAGAAUCAAAGUAGAAGGAAGUAAAACUGGUCUUUCAAUAGUCAAAAGACCAGGCACAUUGACUACUGUUGCUCGAACUCAGACAAUAUCUAUACCAAAGCCGGUAUUAAAAUUUUCAACAGCACCAACAGGAACAGCCACCGUUAAAGCACAAAUACCAAAACCAAAAGUACAUGUUACUUCUGGUCAAACUAUGGCUCCUAUGAAAUUAGAAGCAGAUGAUUCUAUAAAAAGAAAAAGAGAUGAUGAUGAUUAUGAUGUUUCAUAACAGUAUAAUGUAGAUAUAAUAUAAUAUUUAUAUUUCUUAAUUUACACAUUAUAUGAUCAUAAAAUAUUUGAUUUAGAUAAUAUCAACAUAUGUUAAUAUAUCUAGAUCAUGUAUAUUUAGGAAAUAAAAUUUUUUUAUUUUAUUAUCAAAAGAGAUAAAUAAUCUAUCUCGUUUGAUUAAUAGAUUUAAAUGUAAGAAACGAAAUUCCAAACACUGGGAUUAAAAUUUAAUACGAAUUAUUAUCUUUAUAGGGAUUUUCAAGAUUUCAUGGAUUCUCAUUAGAUUCUACUUUAGUUAUCUUUGUAACGUAAUAAUCAUUUAUUAAAUUUUUAUUUGAUUAGUAAAGAAAACGAAUAAAUACAAUCAUAUUAAUAACUUUUUCCAAUGUAUUAGUGCACACGUGUCAAACGUCGAUCAUAACGUGCAUUUUUAAUAAUAGCAAUAAAAUUUGUUAUAUUACGAUUAUUAUGUGCUUUGAAAUCAAUAAUUUUAUCAUUUAAUUUAAUCUAUUUUGUUACUAAAUUUGUGAUAUUAGAUUAAGAUAAUGGAUAAAAUAUAAUGA